GGGGGAGGGCUUCGGGACCUGAGCUCGUCCGUGGUGAGGGGGCCGGAAAAGGGCUUCGUGGUCCGCAGGAAACUGCCGGCGGCGCUUGGGAGCCCACGAGGACUCCCGCCACGUUUGAGAGCCACAGGUCCGAAGGACAGGGGUCCCCCGCACCUUUCCCGAGCGCUGGAAGUUUCUAGUAGGUCUGGGAUGCCACCAGCCCGAGGCCUGGACGAAGGGGAGCUCGGAGUUGGACAAAAGGAGUGGGAUGGAAAAAGGACGGAGAAUAGUGAGGAGUGAUUGAGCACCAUUAGCAGUGAGCCAGUAUCAGGACGGAGCUGUGGAUGUGUUAGAAAUAAAGCAUGAGAAAGAACUGGGGCAGAGCUUGGCCAGAGUGAGAAAGAAGAUUAAUUUUUGUUGCUGAUUAAAACACCUGCUUUUUUCAAGGGCAGGAGCCCUAAUGUUGAAAGAGGCUGGUUAGUUUUGCUCAGUUUAGGGUUCAUAGACCCCUAAGCAUAGCUUAUCCACCAGAAGAUUGGUACAGUUAACAAUAAAGAGGACAAAUCAGUGGCUUGUGCCUGUAGGCACAGCUACUCCAAAGACUGGCAGAAGGACCCUUUGACAUGAAUUCCAGACCAGCCUGGAUGAGCAACAUAGUGAGACCACAAAGAAAAAAGAAGGAAACAAAGAAAAACAGCAACAGCAAAAACUUUAUUAGGGCAUUAGUGACAGAAGGUGGAAGAUGGAAUGAGAUGAAAUAGAAAAAAGAAAUAAGCUCCAGUUUUUGUGUGACUUUUUAUAUUGUUGAGGAGUGUGAGCUGAUCUACUUCCUUUCCCUAGGUGUGGGCACAGGCAGCUCUUCACUGUGGAAUCUGAUGGGCAAUGCCAUGGUAAUGACCCAGUAUAUCCGCCUUACUCCUGAUAUGCAAAGUAAACAGGGUGCCUUGUGGAACCGGGUGCUACAUUGUCUUCCUUGAGGUAUGGUGGCAAGAAGUGAAUGCAGUAUUCCUGGUGUGGCUGCACUGUGAUUUUGUACAAGUCCAUGUUUCCUGAGAGACUGGGAAUUGCAGGUGCACUUUAAGAUUCAUGGACAAGGCAAGAAGAAUCUGCAUGGGGAUGGCUUGGCAAUCUGGUACACAAAGGAUCGAAUGCAGCCAGCGGGUGUUCCCCUACAUCUCAGCCAUGGUGAACAACGGCUCCCUUAGCUAUGAUCAUGAGCGAGAUGGACGGCCCACAGAGCUGGGGGGAUGUACAGCUAUUGUCCGCAAUCUCCAUUAUGAUACCUUCCUUGUGAUUCGCUAUGUCAAGAGGCAUCUGACGAUAAUGAUGGAUAUCGAUGGCAAGCAUGAGUGGAGGGACUGCAUUGAGGUGCCUGGGGUUCGUCUGCCCCGUGGCUACUACUUUGGCACCUCCUCCAUCACUGGGGAUCUCUCAGAUAAUCAUGAUGUCAUUUCUCUGAAGUUGUUUGAGCUGACAGUGGAAAGGACCCCAGAAGAGGAGAAGCUGCAUCGAGACGUGUUCUUGCCCUCGGUAGACAAUAUGAAGUUGCCUGACAUGACAGCCCCACUGCCGCCUUUGAGUGGCCUGGCCCUCUUCCUCAUCGUCUUUUUCUCUCUGGUGUUUUCUGUAUUUGCCAUUGUCAUUGGUAUCAUACUCUACAACAAAUGGCAAGAACAGAGUCGAAAGCGCUUCUACUGAGCCCUCCUGCUGCCACCACCUCUGUGACUGACACCCAUGAGGUGAGAGCAGAGCAGAUGCUGGCCUGAGCUCGCAGUCCGGCGAAUCUGUUCCAGUCUUCAGCAUCUGGUCAGGGACUGUGUACUGUCACUGGAGCUUUGAAUGCAAGAACCCUGUAUUCCCAUGGUCAUCCAUGGGGACAUCUAACCUGGUCCAAGAAGCCACUCACCCCAGGAAAAUGCUGCUGUGAUGUGCCUUUCCCUGCAGUCCUUCCACUUGGAAGUGAAGAGGCAUGAAAAGAAUACAGCUGUCGCGAUGCCACGAUCACAGAACAGGAUUGGACAGCCCAGGCUUGGACUGGACUCAGCAGGCCUUUCUCCUUCGUUUUUGAAUCCACAGAGAAUAGAAAACUGGUAGCUCACCUUCUGGACAUGUGUUUAUUGGGUUUUGUCUUUUGCCCAAGCUUCUAUCCACCCAAGGAGCUUUCCUUGGAAACCUGGGUGGAAACUUUCCUGCUGCAUCCUUCCUAUAUGCCUCCCCUCCAUUCGUUGUCCUCUGUAUGUGCCACCUAAGCUAGAAGAGAUGUUUGGAUUCCUCUGUGUUGGGGCUGCAGAGCAAACUUAGCUUUCUGACCCUCAUUAGGUGACCCCAGGGCUCUCUGCUUUGGCUCAAUUUAGCCUUUGUUUUCUAGUGUGGGUCUUGGUUUGGUUUGUGUGUGGGUGCCCAUCCUAAUCAGCUCCCUUGAGGCCAUUGGUCAAAUUUGGCAGAAAGUUAGUGUGCAAGUCAAGGGGAGCUUUGAAGACUUCAUGGACACCGUGGGAUGGACUGUGAACCUGACUGGGUCCAGGAGAGAGACAGAGAGCAACAUUUAUCAUGUGGUCUGACCACUUGGAGAUGUUUGUACAGACUUUCUGGAACCUGUUUAGCUUCAUGUUUUGUGUUUAUCAUGAUGUUUAGAAUUCCAUUUUGAGUGUCAGAAGUGUCAGGAACUUGUCUUAUUACCUGGGCUUAGAUCUUCUCCCUAAAGGGAAUUUGACUUUCCUUAAUGGAGAAGAAAUAGCUGCUGUUCUCAUGUUGAAAAUCUGAGAGCAAAAGAUCCUCAUCAUCUGUGCCUGCAAGAGUCCCGGGUCACUGAGCAGCUCAGCCCGGGUGCUGUCCUCUGGGUGUCAGCUCUGUUCCACUGCCUUACCUGACAAGGGGUCCCAGGCUGCUUACCUGUCUGCCCUGUGAUUCAGUUGGUGGUGACAGGCCAGUCUCCUUGGAAGGCCUGGAACUCCUCUCCUAUGUGCCUCUGAAGCCCGAGGGGAGUUCUUAAAAGUGGCUUCUGGAACCAAUCAUGAGCUUCUUGGUGUCCUUGCUUCUGGGGAUGGACUAAGGGGGAGGUCCAAGCUGCUUCCUAAGCCUCAGACCCAACAAAUCUUGUCCUGGGGUGGCAAAGCCCUCAGCUCAGCCCAGAAGGAAAGGGGUCAUCUUGCUGCACUUGGGUCCUUCCCGUUGCUCCCUCAGGCAGCACAGGCUGUGUUGCCCUGUGGCGGCAGGAUGCAGGUGGAGUGGAGGCCACACAGUCCUCCUGACUCCCUCCUCACAAGAAUGGGGUUGCUCCAGGGCAGUGGAGGACAGAUGGGGACCUAGAGCUUGGCCUUAGGACCAGGGAGAAUUGGGGAAAAAAAUGUUUUGUCUAUUGGAGGUCAGGGGAGGACAGGAGGGUCUGUGAGUAGAGAAACUAGGUGGGCCCUUGAGAUGGCCAAGAUGGGUGCAGUGGAAGGGGUUCAGCAUAGAGGAGGGGUGAGGAAGCAUACCCCAUGGGGGGAGCACUUUGAGGCUUUCUGAAGAAGGUAGGGAAGCCAGGAGUGCAGUUCCCACUGGCCUCGGGCUGGGCUUCUGCCUUAGAGGAAACGGGCCAGAACCUCACACUGCCUGCUCUUGUGUGUCCUGCUGGGGCUCUUGCAUUUUGUUCUAGAAACAAAUGUUCUCCCUGAUGA